CUUGUCUUGUCCACAGCCUGGGGGACCAACCAAGUCACUUCUGACAUGAGGCCCCUUCCUCGGCUGAUCCUUUUCCUGCUACUCCAGGGAGCCAAAGGGAACUCUGGAGAUGGUGCUGAUCCUGAGGAAGUAGUUGCAGUCCUUCAGGAGUCCAUCAGCCUCUCCCUGGAAAUACCUUUGGAUGAAGAGGUUGAGAAUAUCAUCUGGUCCUCCCAGAGAAGACUUGCCAUGGUGAUUCCACAGAAAGAGGGACAGCCAGCUACCAUCACGGUGAUUGACCCUCAGUAUCAGGGUCGAGUGAGUUUCCUGGAGCCCAGCUACUCUCUGUACAUCAGCAAUCUGAGCUGGAAGGACUCAGGGUCUUACCAAGCUCAAGUCAACCUGAGGACAUCUCAGCUGUCAACCACCCAGCUGUACAAUCUACGUGUCUACCAACGGCUGUUGAAACCCCGCAUCACUGUGAACUUUGAGAUCUCAGGGGAAGGUUCCUGUAAUAUGUCUCUGACAUGCUUUGUGGAGAAGGCAGGCAUGGAUGUGACCUACAGCUGGCUCUCCUGGGAGGAUAGUGCUGGCACAGACCAUGAAGGCCCCAUCCUCAGCACAUCCUGGAGGCCUGGGGACAAUGCUGUUUCCUAUAUCUGCAGGGUCAGCAACCCUAUCAGCAAUAUCAGUUCCCGUCCUAUCCCUGCUGGGCCUUUCUGUGCAGAUCCUGGCUAUCCUGAGAAGUCCUCAACAUUCUUCUGCCUCCUGGCCAAGGGACUGCUGCUCCUCUUACUCCUGAUAAUUCUAGUGGUGGGCCUCUGGGUCAUCCGAGUCCAGAAAAAAUGCAAAAUUCCAAGGAUGCAGAAACUCAAGAGAAACAGAAUGAAACUGAGGAAGAGGGGCAAGACUGGCCUCAGUCCAGCCUGACUGCACCUUAGGGACCUGUACCUUGAGCCUUGUUUCUUCCCAGCCCCAGGAAUCUUCCAGUCUGGUGGGCGCUUGGGGAUGGGGAUUCUCAAGAGUGGAUACUCGAAAGGCCAUACUUUCUAAGAGAAGACCACCUGGCAAUAAAAUCAAAUUAAGUAUCCACUACUUUGGGGGAGCCAUGUUUGGUGCUUUUGUCCUCACUGGUGGCUCUGGCAAAACCCACUCUCUACCUUUUCUUUCCAUUCUAGAUUCCUUCUCCAAGCCCAUGUGCUUUUCCAGUCCUGCCUUUGGGGAGUGAGUUGAAAGACCCACUCAAAGUGAGGAAUUAUUUUCUUUUAUUUUGCCCAUCCCAUUUCCACCAACACAUACAUGCUUUAAAUGAGAUGAUAAGUCCUUUUUACCUAACUGAACUUGUGACUCCUAAAUGGGAGAA